AUGCCCAAUGUGGAAUCUACUAAGAUAAAUACACCUUCAGUCGAAGUGAAAGCUCCAACAGUAGAAUUCAGUGUGGCCGAUGUGAAAAUUCCUGGCAUAAGUACUAAGAAAGGUAAAAAACCCAAAGAUUCCGAGAAAGUUGUCACUAAGGAAGAUAUAUCUGUGAAUAUUCCAUCAUUCGGUGUUCCAAGUGUCGAUGUGAAAAAACCAAAAGUUCCAGAAGUCGAUGCCAAAAUUGAAAUUUCUAAACCGGAAAUGCCUAAUGUCGAAUCUAUUCAGGUUCAUGCACCUUCAGUCGAAGUGAAAGCUCUAAAAGAAGAAUUCAGUGUGGCCGAUGUUAAAAUUCCCGGCAUAAGUACUAAGAAAGAUAAAAAACCCAAAGAUUCCGGGAAAGUUGACAUCAAGGAAGAUAUUUCCGUGAAAAUUCCAUCAUUCGGUGUUCCAAUUAUCGAUGUUAAAACACCAAAAGUUUCAGAAAUCGAUGCUAAAGUUGAAAUUUCUAAACCGGAAAUAUCCAAUGUCGAAUCUAUUCAGGUUCAUGCACCUUCAGUCGAAGUGAAAGCUCCAAAAGUAGAAUUUAGUGUGGCCGAUGUGAAAAUUCCUGGCAUAAGUACUAAGAAAGGUAAAAAACCCAAAGAUUCCGAGAAAGUUGACAUCAAGGAAGAUAUAUCUGUGAAUAUUCCAUCAUUCGCUGUUCCAAGUAUUGAUGUCAAAACACCAAAAGUUUCAGAAAUCGAUGCUAAAAUUGAUAUUUCUGAACCGGAAAUGCCCAAUGUGGAAUCUACUACGAUUAAUGCACCUUCAGUCGAAGUGAAAGCUCCAACAGUAGAAUUCAAUGUGGCCGAUGUGAAAAUUCCUGACAUAAAUACUAAGAAAGUUAAAAAACACAAAGAUUCCGAGAAAGUUGACAUCAAGGAAGAUAUAUCUGUGAAUAUUCCAUCAUUCGGUGUUCCAAGUAACGACGUGAAAAAACCAAAAGUUCCAGAAGUUGAUGCUAAAAUUGAAAUUUCUAAACCGGAAAUGCCCAAUGUGGAAUCUACUACGAAUAGUGCACCUUCAGUCGAAGUGAAAGCUCCAAAAGUAGAAUUUAGUGUGGCCGAUGUGAAAAUUCCUGGCAUAAGUACUAAGAAAGGUAAAAAACCCAAAGAUUCCGAGAAAGUUGACAUCAAGGAAGAUACAUCCGUGAAAAUUCCAUCAUUCGGUGUUCUAAGUAUCGAUGUGAAAACACCAAAGGUCCCAGAAGUCGAUGCUAAAAUUGAUAUUUCUAAACCGGAAAUGCCCAAUGUCGAAUCUAUUCUGGUUCAUGCACCCUCAGUUGAAGUGAAAGUUCCAAAAGUAGAAUUCAGUGUGGAUGAUGUGAGAGUUCCUGGCUCAAGUACAAAGAAAAGUAAAAAACCCAAAGAUUCCGAGAAAGUUGUCACUAAGGAAGAUAUAUCUGUGAAUAUUCCAUCAUUCGGUGUUCCAAGUAUCGAUGUGAAAAAACCAAAAGUUCCAGAAGUCGAUGCUAAAAUUCAAAUUUCUAAACCGGAAAUGCCUAAUGUGGAAUCUACUACGAAUAGUGCACCUUCAGUCGAAGUUAAAGCUCCAACAGUAGAAUUCAGUGUGGCCGAUGUGAUAAUUCCUGGCAUAAGUACUAAGAAAGUUAAAAAACCCAAAGAUUCCGAGAAAGUUGUCACUAAGGAAGAUAUAUCUGUGAAUAUUCCAUCAUUCGGUGUUCCAAGUGUCGAUGUUAAAACACCAACAAUUCCAGAAAUGGAUGCCAAAAUUGAAAUUUCUACUUCGGAAUUCCCCCAUGUCGAAUGUACUAAGGUGCACACACCUUUAGUUGAACGAAAAACCGAUGACUUAGAAGUCGAUUCUUCGAUAUCUGUGAAAAACAUCGAGGGUAGUUCACCAUCGUUCCUGAGCAAUUUACGAAAGGGUCUCAAAAUAUCCACUUUUAAAUCAAAAAAAUUACCAAACGAUGAACCCAAUAGUACUAAUUUUGCUUCAGAAGACAAAUCCAAAACCUAUUUGAACGAGUUUAUUGAAAAAGAAAAGGAACAUACAGUAUUGCAUAAUUUACCAAUUGAUAAUGAAACUGCCGAAAAUAAACACUUAGUCGAAACAACUGCUGACGACGCAGUUAUUGGUGGAAACUCAUUGUUUUCUGGAGGCGCUUCCGUAUCUGCACGGCGCAUAAUCAAACGCGUCAUUAUAAUAGAUGGGAAAGAAAUUGUAAUUGAGUAUAUAAUUGAGUACACUGGAUCUGGUAAAUCGGUAAACAAAAUAACGAAAAAAACAAUAGAAGAUGGCCAUGAAAUAGUAGAAGAGAUAGUAGACCCCAUUGAUAUUACAACGAUACUUGAACAGGAGGUUGAAAAGGAAUGCAUCCCAAAUAUAAAAGACCAUGUGACAAUAAAAAAAACACGUAAAAUUAUAAAACGUAGUUUUGUAGUAGGUGGAAAAGAAAAGGUAGUAGAAGAGGAAGUAGACGAUCCAGAAUUUUUAGAAAUCGAUGACUCGAAUGUGAAAGGUGUUUCAGUAGGAAGCGAUGAAACAGUGGAAGUUUUUGAAAAUCCGAAUGUGUUACCUCAAAUAAUAUCAGUUCCAAAUUCACAAAUUGAGACUAAAACUUGUAGAAUAAUAAGGAAAAAUAUAAAUAUUGAUGGAAAACAAUCAAUAGUAGAAGAAUUAAUUGAUCAACCAGACAUUAGUAAUUUUUUGGAAACUGAUGCUAGGAAAAUUGUUGUGAAGAGGUUAGUAGAUCAACAAGGCAAAAAGAUGUUUAUAUUUGAUGUGGUUAAUGAGCCUUUGAAUUUAAGAUCUGCUAAGGUAAAUAAUUUGUCAUGUGCAUGCUCUUCCCUUACAAGUUUGAGAAACAAUAUUUCGAGAUCAGAUAUUAAAAACAAGUUAGUAUUAUACAAUUCAUUAUACGAAGAAAUUUGUGAAAUAUUUCAAAUCAUCACAGUCUACAUUUCGAAACAUAAAGUGAGUAUAUUUUGCUAUUUUUUUUUUUUUUUUAUGUAUUAUAUCUAUCUGUGUGUUUUUAUUUUUACAUAGUGCACCUUUUGAACUUUAUGUUAUUUGUUUUUGGUUACAUGAUUUUUGAAUUGCAUAACUGUUUUGUUACUUUACCUUGAAAUCAGUAUUUAUUUUAUUCCAAUAUGUUGAUGUAUAUGGGUUCUUAAAAUAAUAUUUCUUAAGCCAACUGUUUAAUUAUAUUAUUGUUGCUAACAUGUGUAUAUUAAUUUUUUAUUAAAUUUUUUUUACCAAUUUUCUUAGAACUCUUUCAUAGUAUAAUUGUUCCUGAAACUACCAAUGUUAUAUUAUUAGUACCUAUUCAAUUUCUUUUGCAUUUUGACAUUUACAUUAACUAUUAAUACUUUAUUAUUUAUUUUUAAAAAUGUCAAAAUUUUAAAUGCACCUUGAUAGAAUUUCAAGUACCUCUUAAGGAAACAAAAAAAGAAUUUAUAUUUAAAAAUGUUUAAUUAUCUAAUGGUCACUUAUUCCAAAAAUAACAUAUGACAUAAUUAAUUUUAAUUUAUAUCAAAAUUAAAAAGUUUAUUGUUUUUAUAGUUAUUUUAUUUUAUGUUCUCUUACUUUAUGAAGUAAUUAGUUUACAUUGUCAGAAACAUACAAAUGUACUAAUGAUAAUCUAUCAUGUCAUAUGAUUAUUAAUACAAUUUUGUACUAUAUUUUUAUUCUUAUUAAUAAUUCAACAUUUAAUUUCAAAAAGCAUAUACUUUAAUAGCUUCAUAUUUUUAUUUAGAAUUACAUUGAUGCUGACUUAGAAUUGAAUUUGGAGGAACCUAUAAAUGCAAAACAAGUAAUUAAUCAAAUUGAAGAAGUUGUGAAAGAUGUUUCUAACUUAAAAGAAAAACAUUUUGUUACUAAUGUUGAGGAAUACGAUAAAAUUAAAGUUAUUAUUGAACAACUACAAAGUAAAACACACGAGUUGAAAUUCAAUAUUGACAACUUUAAUGAUAAUAUUGAUCAAGUAGAUUGGUAUAAACAAAAUUUGGCAAUUGAAAAUGCUAAUAAGAAAGUAGAACAAUAUAAAAUAGAUUUUGAACAGUUGAAGAGAGGGAAAUUAUUACACUCGGUAAAAUAUUAAUUAAAAUUUUAUUUGAUAAUAAUAAUAUUUAAAAUUAAUAAAACCUAUUUAGCUAUGAUAAUUAUUUACGCAAGUUAAAUUUAUAUUUUAUUACUACUGUUUUUUUAUAUUAUUGCUCUGUUAUAUAGGAUAAAGUUCAAAAAUUUGAAUCAUUAUUAGACAACAAUCGCACAAUUAUAGAUGAUUUAUAUAAUAUUAUUAUUCUUUACAAAGUUAAAAAGAAUUCAACAAAUAAAUUACCUGAUGAGGCGUUUAAAACUUUAAAAUGUGCAAUCAAACUAGAAAAAGAAAUUGGAAGCGCAACCCAAACUACUAUCAAUGAAGCGGAAAUGGAUGAUUUAAAUAGUUUUAAUUCUAAUCAAUUAGAUUUAGUGUGUGAAACUGUAAAGAAUAACAACAAAUAUUCAACCAAAUAUUAUAACAUCAAGCAUGUUCAGGUAUACUAAACUCUACUAUAAUAUUAAUUAUAAUAUUGGUUGAUAAAUAUAUUUUUUCAGGAGGAUUGUGACAGGUAUCAUCUAGUCUCUACAAAACUUUUAAACCUAAAGUUUUUGCUAGAAACACAAAAAUCCGAUAAAAAUCGUAUGAAAAAUAUGGAUGUAGAUUUAAAUAACACACUGUCCAAUUUAAACAAAUUAUUAGUUCUUCAAAAUGAAUGGACCCGUUUUGAAGACGUUUUAACAGCUGAACAAAAAUGGUUAGAUGAAGUUGGAGUAUCUAUUCCUGAUCUAACGAAAACCACGUCAAAUAAUUAUGUUCAAACACUAUCUAAUACACAGGUAAACGAAAUUAAAUUAAUCUUUUAUAGUAAUUACGACUCAUGUUUAAUUAGCAAGUCUUGAAGCUUAUAAUAAAUUUUGGUUUUAAUUAUUAACACUAGUAUUUAAUUUUUUUAGUUUUGAUUUUAAAUCAUUUACACCAUAAUUAAUGGUCAUUUUUAAUGAAUUAAUUAUUGGUCCAUUAUACACCUACACGUUUAUGUACCUAGUUAUUAUUUAGUUAAUCUAUCAAGGUAAUCUAGUAUAAACUAUAAACAGUGGCCAUUUUUUCAGAAUUUUCGUAGUGCACAUUCAUGUAUUUGAGUUUGUUACAUACACAACAUUGACAAAAAUUUUAAAUUUAAACAUCAAAAUACAUACCUAUUUAGUUAAAAUAUAGGUGUAAUAUAUGCCAGAGUAUAAACUUUAUGAGAUUUUAUCACGGACUAUUUAUAACUAUGAUUUUAUCACUAUUAUGUUUCUAUUGUAAAGUAUGAUAGGAUUUUUCAAUAAUAACUACAAUUAAAAUAAAUCAGUAUUAUUUUUUUUUUUUUUUUUUUUUUUUUUGUAUUUGUAGCUAUUAUUAACUAAUUUUCUCAGUUUUCUCAAUAUAUUCGAAAAUUUGGUAAAAAAAAAAAAAAAAAAAAACGGGAAAAUGUACGAAUUUAUAAAUAUUACAACCUCUUUAUUUUCCUAUGAACAACUUUAAUAUUUAAUGCAUAUGUAAUUAUUUUACUAUACUACAUAACAUAUCAACUGAAUUCUGCUGAAAAUCGUUUUUUCGUUAGCUAUGGUUUAUCGUUGCUUCCAGAUAUAUAUUAAAUUUUCGUUUGUCUCCUACCUCCCAACUUCCCACCUACAACAGUGACUGCAGUGACUGCAUCCAUGUGUGAAGUAUGUUCUUUUUAAUAGCUAUUAUGCAAUUAAACUAAUAUUCAUGGUUUUUUUUGUAUAAAAGUAAACUUAUUUAUUACAUAAUAUUUAAUAUAUACAAGAAGUUGUAAUGAUAGUUAUGGUUUUUCGGAAAGGGGAAGGAUUGCAAAAUGUUUGUUGCACUGGUGUCCCUAGUCACUAAAAUUGUAUAUAUGCCACUAUUUACAGUUUACACCACAUAGCAUAAAAAAUAUAGCCCAAUGCUGGCCAAACUCAGGCCUGCAUAAGUGUCAGCUAAAUGUAAUUGAAAUUUUAGCUCUCUCCCAAAAUAAAUUGGGUAUUGAUAUAGCCUAUAGACAGUUUACUCGUAAUCGUACUAUACUCUAUUCACCCUAAGUUGACCCGCUUUCGCGCAUUUAUACUGAGCUGUCGUGGUUUGUGAUUGGUUAGUGAUGUUUGACGAUCGUCGUUGCUCGACAUUGACCAUGCAUACACAGGUGUUUUUUUCGAGAGGUUUUCGUUGAGCGAGAGGGUAGAGUAUACCUAUGUUCAAAAUUUUGAUAAAUUACAAAAGUUUUUCUGCCCAAAUAUGACAACACUGUGUACACAAUUUAAAUUUUUUUUUUUUGGUUUGAGUAUACUUGUCUAUAAUAUUAUUACGUUUUUUUAGGUAAGAUUUUUUUUCCGAUAUAUUGAUAGGUACCUAGGUAACUGUUGAUUAUAUACCAACCUAUCAUGGUAUAUUAGCAUCGAUACUAGAUCUACGUUAAAAUAUCGAAAGUCGUCGAUAUUUUACCAUCCUUAAGUUUAUUGUUUAAUAUACAGGCACAAUGAAAAUGACUACUACCGUCGUAGUUAUCCGGAUAAUUUUUUUGCUCUAUAAAACUAUAAAUAAUGUAGAUACACAGUAAUUUUAUUAUCAAAAUUAAUAUUUCUAAGAUAAAACAAUAAUGCUAAUAUUAAACUAUCUAAUAUCUGAUAAAUAGGAUUCUAAGUGAAUUUGAUUUCUGUUUUUUUUUUUUUUUUAAUUAUCUUGGAAUUAUUUAAGCGUUACUUUAAAAUUAUUUUUUAAGUUUCACCCCUAUCUACAUCAUAUAAAUAAGUUAAAUAAGUGUAUACUUUUGUUUUUCAGAUGGGAACCUCCCUUUUUGAACACAGAUUUUCAUAGGCAAUAUUUGUCUAGACAUUUUGAUAUGUGUAACACUAAUAUCAGGUUUACUGUUUAUGAGUUAUAACCCUUUUUAAGUUUUAACCAUAAGGGAAAAAUUAUCAAUUCAUCAUUUAAAAAUAAAUUUACAAUUUAUUACUAUAUAAUAUUUAGUUUAGUCUAUGUAAGACUUUAAGUAAGCUACUAUCUUUCUGUCCCUAAAAAAAAAUACACUUUAAGUCCUAACAGUAACAGUUAGACUAGCAAAUAUGGGAAAAUUAACAAUGAACAUGGAACAUUGACGUGUAAUAAAAAUGAAAUUAAACUACAUAGAAAACUACUGGAACCACACCCAAUCAUUCUUCAUAAUGUAUAAUAUUAUUAUAAUUGAUAAACAUAAAUAAUUUAAAUUUAUAAUAAGAAUAAUAAUUAUUUGUUCAAAUAUUAUAUAUUUUCCUAAUAAACUAAUGUAAAAUUUUUACUUGUUUAUAGAAUACAAUUACUGAAGUAGCAAUUCAUUACGACAAAUUGAUUUAUUUGAAAGACAUUAUAGAAAAUCUACAGGAUCGAAUUGAUGUGAAGUCAUUAUUAUACAUAUGUGAACAACACACGAAUGAUACAUUCAAAUUGAAAAAUAAUUUAAUGACUAAGGAAAUUAGGUUGAUCACCUUCAAGAAACCAUUUGAUAAGUACAGUGAUUUAAAGUAUAAUAUUGAGUCAAAUUUAUCACAUAUAGCAUCAAAUUUGGAUAACAUUACAUCUAACAAGGAAAUUACUGAUACUAAUGUAUGAAUAAACAUCAUUAUAAAUAAUUAAAAUGUUUAGUUAUUGGUAAAAUAAUAUAUUUCUAGAUAACCCUAUCCAAGUUAGAAAUUUUAGAAGAAUCUCUUAAAACUUGUUCUGAUAAUUUAAACGAAUCGCUUGAUAUCUUGCCGAUUUCUGAUGGACAGAGUGAAAUUGAAGCAGUAGGAGUGCUUGCAACAAAAUGCAAGGAAUUGAACAAAAAACUGCAUAAAUUAAAAUCAUCCAAGGGCAAAGGUGACAUUUCAAAAAUACUAAAGCGCCUCGAAAUUACUUUAGAAAAACCAAAAGAAACUGUACUAGACCAUACUCAAAAACUAAAAGUAUGAAAAAUAUUUACCAAUUUUAAUUUUUUUUUUUCAAAUGUUUAAUUAAUAUUAAUUUUCCAGGGUGUUUUAUAUGAAAUAAAUGCCGUCGAAAUCCACGAUAAAGACGAACAUUUAAUUAAACAAUUAAGUGCUUUAGAAAAUCAAUGCAACGGUGAAUUAACAUACUGUUCUGAUUUAUGUAGUAAAAUUGUAACCUUACGUAAUCAUAUGUUUGACUUAACUAAUGAUUUAAAUAAGAUAGAUUUUACUUUGUCAGAAAUAGAAAAUGAAUCACACAAAGAUAGACACACUACAGAAACGGCAAUAUCUAAUACAUAUCAUGUAAGUUGUAAAGAUUACACCAGAUUAUAUCAAUAAAAUAAGCAAAAUUUUAAUUUGUAAUCAAUAUAAUUUACAGCAUGUAACAGAUAAUAUGAAAAAUAUACAACAAACACUAUUGUUGAUUAAUCAAGAAUUUAAAAAAUUAAAAGACAAUAUGAAACUCUUUAAAAAAGAAAGAAAAACGUUGGAGUCCGAAAUAAAUGAAAUUGAAAAACGGUACAAACAAUUAAAAACAAAACAUCAACAUCUACACAAAACAUUGGAGACUAAAUGUAACUAUUGGGUAACUGUUGACGAGCUACUAUUAAAAAUGAGAACAAAAAGCAAUCAAAUUAAUCAUUUGAUUAUAAUUAAUCCCGAUUUGGAUAUCCUGGCUAACAAAUAUUUGGAAUCCGUGCUAAAAAAUCUAAAGGUAACAAUUUUUAACUAUUUACUAAAUGGUUAAUAUUAAUUAUAUUAAAAAUAAAUUGAAUAAUAUAAAUUAAAAUCUACUUGGUUGAUUUAUCAACAAUUGUUUAUUCGAUAAUAAUUUUAAACUUUAUUUUUGUUUGGGUUUAAAAUAUUGUUUAAAUAAGGAAUAUAUUGUGUUUUACUACAUAACGUGAUUUUUUAACUAUUUAUUUUCUAUCUAUUAACAACUUUUUAUUAAUAAAAAUAUUUGAUUUUCUUUGUAGAUUUCACAAUAAUAAUUGGAAAAAAAAAACCGGGGUAAUAUUAGGUCUGAAAACCGAGUAAAUUUACGAAAAUUGAACGGUUUUUGUUAUUUUAGAUUUUGUUUUAUUCCUAUAAUUCAGUAAAAAUCUGUAAUUUUCAAUAAAUACUUAUAUUAGCUCUUUCUAGACGUACCAGUUUUUUAGCUAGUUAUUUUUUCUUCUUUUAUGGUUAAAAGGCCUUUCGAGACCAUACAUUUUACACCCACUCCUCCAUUCUUUUCUAUCUAUUGUUCUUUCCUUCUAAUUCGUGCUUCCUCCUAAUGAUUAUACAUUCUUUCUGACUAAGUCUCCCCAUCUUAUUUUGGGGCUCUUAAUUGGUCUUUUCCACACGUAUUUAGCUAAUUAUAGGUAUUUUGAAGGUUUGAGUAAUUUUUUUUUGUUUUUAUUUAGUUUUAUGUGAAUUGAAUGUUCAAAAUUUAACAAGGUUAAUCAUAAAUUUUAUAUAUUGGCGAAACAAGAAUAAUUUAUGUUUUAAAAAGAGUACUUCCUAUUUCUGAAAACUAAAUAAAUAAUGCAAUUGUUAUAAUUAUUAAUUCAAUUGUGGCACAAUGGUAACUGACUAGAAAUCACCUGAAAAAUAUAUUUUUAUCAUAUUAAAAUUAUAAAAAUCAAAUAUGAGCCGCUCUUUAUGGAUUACAUUUUGUGAUAAAAAUAGAUUUUCUAGUUUUUUACUUAUUUUGAAUACCAAGUAUCCAAGUAUUACAAACUAUCAAAAUAGUUAGUAAAAUAUUAAUUAAAUUUUUUAAAAAAAAAUGUAUACUAUCGAACUAUGGACAAUAUACCUGACCCCUUUGUCCUCCCCCAUUAGCUAUACAUGCUUGAUCAACUCUCCAAAUUUUACAUUUUAUAUUUUCAAACUCAUCGGUAACCUAUUUUUAAGCCCGAUAUUUUUUUAAAUUUCUGUUACUGUUCUGCAGGAUAAUUAUACGGGCUCACGGCGAAUCCGAAGAUUUAUAUUAUACUAACACGAUUAUUAUUAUAUUUCUUUUAUUUACAUUAUUAUGCUUCAACACCUAUAGUAAUAGAAAAAAAACAAAUUGGCAAAGACUCCCCUUGCCCCCCUACAGCUGACGCUCUUGCUCUAUACAAAGUCUAUAUAAAUAUAGGUGUUUAUUGAAAAAUAAAAUUAUGCAGAUGGUUAAUUUAUUUAUGUCAUAGGGUGACCGUAUAUGGAAAAUAAAAAAACGGGACAUUUGUUACUCCCCCCCCCUCUCUAAAAAAAACCCUCAACCAUAUACAUUCACAUAAUAUAUGCACAUAAUUAUUUUCUUAUUACUUUACCCUUUUCGAGUAAUUUAAUCUGAAUAAUAAGUGUUUAAAUGUUUCGGAAUAUUUUCUUUUUAUUAUUCUUUAAAAAACACAAUGUUGCAUUUCAAAACUAUUAUAAUUUUUUAAACAAUCAGAAAAAUUCAAUUUUUAAUAUUAAUAGUUUACAAUUAAACAAUACAUUUUUUUGAACAAGAAUUAGGAGAAUUACACCAUCAGCUAUCUUCAUUUCUUAUGAAUUUGAAUUCCUUUUUCCAUACUUUGCACGCUUUUUUCAUAAUUUUCUGAAGAAAUUAUUGAAUUUCACAAUUUUGGGUGCUUCAAAAGAAAUUCAUAAAAUUGUGAAUAGGUGAAGCUUUUAAAAUUUUGUAAUACGCCAUACAUGUCUCAUUCUUAUCGCUAAUUUUAUUAUUGGCAUUAAAACUCGAUUUUCGUUUCACAAAAACUGUUAUCUGUUAUUUAUAACUUUAGUUUCAAAUUUUGAAAGAACGUCCUAUAAUAAUGGAGACAGGUGCAGCCACUGUUAUAGAUAAUUUAAUGUAUACCUGUAAGUAACAAUAAAUCAUUUCUUACGAAAAAACGAUUCUGAGCGGAGUUCAGUUGAUAGUUCACUUUGUCAACAAUAUAUAUGUGUCAUUUUUUAGUAGAAUAAAUAAAUAGGCUAUAUAUAUUUUAAAAAUAUUAGUUUUAUGAUGUACCGAUUUGCUCAGUUUUCCUACGUUUUUCCCAGUUUUCCCAUAUUUUAUCCCGGUUUUUCAACAUUUUUUGGGAAAACUCUUUGGAAAAUCGAAAAAUGGCCUCUCCAAAGUAUGUCCCUAGUGAAAUUUCCAUUUAGAAAUAUUGCUAUCAUUAAAAGUUUAUUUAGAGCAAAAUUAUAGGUGGAAAAGUUGAGCACAGAAAAAAAGGAGGCCAUAAUAUAUUUUAACUAAUACCUACAUUUCUUAUAUUUUCCCGUUUUUUUUUUCGGUUUUUCAAACUUGAUGAGAAGACUCCUGAGAGAAUCAAAAUAUGACCUGCCUAAAGUACCUCCCCACGCCAAUUUUAUUUCAGAAAAGGUGCUAAAACUAGAAAUCCGAACAAGUCUUCCAGUAGAAAAGUUGUGCACAGAUAAAAACAAAAAAAAAAAUAAUAAACCCCCACGUAACUUUUUUCUGGACAGAGCACUAAUUUUGAAAAUAUUACCGUUCGCUAGCACUAAUUCAGCACUGAAUAUUAGUACUAGAAAGAAAAUUAGUACUUAAUAUCCGUCCACUAACUUCACGGAUUUUAAGUCUUCUAGAAGAAAAGUUUCGCACAAAUAAAAAAACAAAUAAACAUCUUUGUAAAACUAUAAGCUUCUUCGCUCCUCUUAGAAUCUAAAAUACGAAUAACUAUUUUAUAUUUGUUUCAUACAUUGAUAUUUUUUUCAUCAAAUUAAUAUAAUUAUAUGGAAAUAACGGGAUAAAAAGUGUCCCGUUUGAAGUUCGUCGGAACAACGGGAGUUAAUGAUCAAAAAAUGGACAAUCCCAUUCUAAACGGGAUGUCUGGUCACCUUAAUAUAUGAGCAUUUAUAGAUCGCACGCUCGAUCGCCGUUAUAUUAUAAUAUUGCACGUACUCAUAGAUAUUGUAAAAAAAAAAAAAGAAAUAAUAACUACCGAACUUAUAUUUCACAAAACAAAGUCGAACCACGCGCGUAUCUCGUCGUCAUUCUUUCCAAGACAUCGGCCAAAAACCGAAAGGCAUGUGUGCAUAUACAAAAAUAAAACCGUUCUAUUUCCAGCGCGGGGUACCGUCGAGCGGCGAUGGAUCACGUCGUCAUAGCCGACGAUUUUCACACUCUUCUCCCGUAAACUCUGGAGAUUUAUUUUUAAUCCCGGACACGGGAACCGAUAAAACUCGACAGAAACGCGACCGCUAAUGCAUACGAUCAUUUUUUUUUUAUCUAUAGGCGGAUUAUAAGUCUUUUAUGUAGGUCUUUUCCCGUGAGUUUUAUUCGAACAUGCCGUGUAAAUCAUUUUUUUUUUCUUGCGCCGUUAUUGAUGCUUUCCUCAAAACACUAUCCUCUAUCAGACUUUUCAUAACCCGUAGUUGUUGUAUGUUCGAUACUGCAGUAUGUUUUACGUACGAUUUUGAACCAAAUGACUCGUUCCGAUCGAAUUCAUUACGGGAGUUUUCUGAUAGAACAUUUUAUUGUCCAGUCGGUGUAUUGAAAAGAUUAUUAUUAUUUUUUUGUUGGCCAUGCACUUUUUUAUAAUCAGGAAAAACGAGAAAAAAAUAGUUACUACUCGAAAAUGACGUGACAUUGCCAGAAGAAUAUUUCGGGGGAAAAGUGAUGAAUUUCGUAAUUCUCUUAUUCAGUUUUGAUAAUUAAUUUUCUAUAAAUUAAUACUUAAGAAGUUAUAGUCCAGAUAUAUCGAGGGUGGAUGAGGAGGAGGGGGGUUAUAAGUUUCUACUUCCCAGUUUUCACUGCAGACAACUACAGCACUUCGUGUGUUGGUGUUUAGUUACUGCGUAAAAAUGAUCAGAGUAAAAAAUAAUAAUAUGUACAUAAUUUGGGCAAGGUUGAGCACAAAUUAGUUUAAAAUUUAUAUUUUAGGUUAAUUUAAAAUUUUUAAAAUUCUUAACAUUUGUAUUUAACUCGACUUACUUUCGUACAUUUACUGUAUGAAUAUAGAGAUCAUUUUGAAUUAUAAUUAAAUUAACUGAAAUUUCAUUCAAGUUGAAUUGUUAAUAACAUAUUUCAUUGAGUAGGUAUUGCAUACAUUUUAUAAUAUGUUUACUACCGUGUAAUAAAUUGUCGUCUAAUGUUAGGCAGUAAGUUAUAUUAAUUUCAUUUUCGAAUUCAUUAUUAACUUGACUCGCACAGAUAUAAAUAUUAAAUUAUCCUCUAUAUACCUUCCCAAUCACUAACCUACAACAGUGGUUCACCCACCGUGCGAAGUGUGUCGUUCUUUUUUUCUCUUUUUGCUCAAUUAAUUCAACACUUGACUGUAGGUAAAUAUUAUCAUGCAUUGCAUUGACAGUCAAAUAUUGGUAAAACGAUACGCGAUUGUAAACGGUACCUACGCGUAGGUUUACGUAAAACUUGUGCUCCCGUCUGUGACGUACGAAUUAAAAAUCGCCGUGUAUCACUCUGUAGGUAUUCCUAUAAUAAUAUUUUAUUUUAUUUUUCGUUUUACCGCCGCGCCGCCAAUCGCACGCAGCUGUGUGGAAAAAAAACUGCACCGGCCGGUCGCCGCGGCUCAGUUAUACCGCGUUUCUCACUGCAACGCUCGCGAACACCGCGCACACAUGAACGCGAUCAGGAUCACAUAGUAUUAUUAUCAUUAUUUACAAUUGUUAUCAUUACAGUAUUAUUAUUAUUAUCAUUAAUACUAUUGUUAUGCAAACAUUUCGGUCGUCGCCGCCGCACACUCGACAGUUUCGCGCCGGCAGUGUUGUUACGUACGCGUACGUGUUCGCACAAACGUUGCUUAGUGCCGAAUUCAAUUAAUUCAAUUAAUAUUUCUCAGACACAAUAUUUUCGAUGUCGGAGAAACAAUAACGGGACUUGUUUAUUUAUAUUAACACGCCUAUUAUAAAUCCGCGAACUCAGUCGACGGGAAAAAUCGGAUUGCACAAAAAAAUAUAAUUUUACCUAUACAUUACUCUAUAUAGCCGUUAAACCGUGUCGAAGACGUUUGAAUAUUUCAUUUCCCGUGAUUCCGGAGCUGUUAAUGUUGUGCACCGGGUUUGUUUAUUUAUUUUUGUUUUUACUAAUGUUUAAAACCAAAAAUACGUAUUUACUAAAAAAAAAAAAUAAAUACGUUCCCCUCUCCCUAAUCGGUAGAUAUUUGAUAACUGGCAUUUUGACAAAAAAUUACGUUUAACUCGUUUUCAAACCGUAGAUGAGUAUUUAUGUAUAAUUCGAUCUGACCUUUCGGCGAUUAGAGAACAUAAAUGCAAAUUCAAACACCAGCUACGUUGUAUGUCCAAUCGAAUUCCUACCACACGUCAUGUCCUUAAUAAAAGAAAACAAACGAUUUUAACUGUGUAUACCUACUAACAGUUUAAAAAUAUUUGUUUAGCUAUAGGUACAUAAUUCGAAUCAUUUUUUAUUUAAUUUUACUAUGGUCCGAUCAACCGACUAUUAUAACCGUAUUUGAGGUACCUAUAUAUCUGAUCGAAAAUUAUAAUUUGAAAUACAAAUUUAUAACACAUUUUUAUUUCCUAAAUAUUCAGUGCUAUUCGAUAAUAUUAAAAUUAGAUUAUAAUAGAGAAUUCGUGUCAUAUAAAUCAACCUACGAGUCAAACAAAAAUACACACAAAACAAUUAUUGAAAUAAAUUCUAAAUUUCUAAUUACCUAUUUUGCAUCCGUAGUUAUAAGACUCUCUCUCUCGAAAAAAAUGCUUUAUUUAAAAAAUUAUGACGAAUAAACUUAAUAGAUAACAACAUUAAUUUUAGUAAAAUUAAACACAUGGUGUAUAAUAUUAUACCUAAUCGUUCUAAAUUUAACGGAGAAAGCUGUUUCUAAAAUUUGUGGUAUUUUUUAUUAUUAUUUUUGUUUUUUUGUUUUAUAUGUAACAAAUUAAUCGUCUCAAUGUAUUCAUAAAUUCAUUUGACACAAUAAGUUUCAUAAGAACAAAAUCAUGCGUAUUCCGUGUACAGCUCAAAACGAUAUAUUAAUAUCUAACAGCGUGGAUGCUUAAUAUUUUUAAUUUAACAAGAUAAUAUUAUUAUUAUCAAUUAUAUGGUUAACAAUUAUCGAGUAGGUAUACUAUCUAUCGAUUAAUAGGUUUAAAAUUGUAUGCGUUAUUAUUUUUAUUUUUUAUUAUCGUUGUUAUUUAAACGACGAUAACCUAUCUUAAUAAGCUACCUUAAUAUUAUAUCGAUUAAUGGGUUAAACAUUGUAUGUGUUUUAUAUUUAUUUUUCCUUAUAAUUAAGUGAUCGCGACAAUGAAGUACGUUUUUCUUCCGAGUUACUCUUAGGUUAUUAUUUACUUCUAAUUGGCAGGAGGAGUAGUAAACGUAUUGGCCAACGGAAUUUUAAUAUCGGGAGUCUAGCCGUUUAAUUGUCUUCUUUUGCUCCUUGUCAGUGUAGUCUACACACAUAUCCAUACAAUUGAAGGUCUCUCGAAGAAUAGACAAUAUUUAUUUUACUAGGUUCGUCUACGAUGCAUAAUAAAUUAUUUUAUCUUUUCAUUAACCUAUAUUCUUUCACAGAUAUUUCUUAGUAUAGAUACCUACCUAAUAAUAAUUAAUUUCUAACUGCACAUCGUAAAUCGAUUACAUCACGUUUAAAACCCGCUCGUUUUAUAUAGCUACCUAUAUAGCUGCAGAAGUGAUAACAAUGUAUUAUAAUAAUAACGCGUUUUCAUAAUAAUAAAAUUUUUUUUAAUAUUUCCGUAGAGAAAAAUAUCGUCUAAACCAUUCUAUCCGUGAGCAAUUUGUAAAUAAAUAAAUAACUUUCGUGUUUAAAUUUUGAGGAGGAUAAAGUAAAAACCCUUAGGUUUAUUAUGCCGAAUAUCGAAAACGUAUUUUUGAAUUUAACCCCGGUCAAAUAUAUUAACUAAAACGAUUAGCACUAAGUAUUUUAAAUAUUUAAGUAAUAGUACUUUCGUAAAUUAAUUUUGAAAUCGUAUAAAUUUAUAUUGGUAUAUUAGCAUUUGGCAUAUUUGCGCACAUUAAAAAUAAUCUCAAUACGACGAACUAACGCGUUUUAAUUAUUACUCGAUAUUUACCAGAAUUAUUACUUGUUAUAUUUACUAGAACACAUUAAAAAAUAUACGCAAAAACACAUAUGUUUGUAUCUCUUUUUUGAUUAUUACAAAUGUAAUAUAUAUAUAUAUAACAACAACAAAUUAGGUUAGGAAAGGCUAGGUUAGGUAAUUAAAUAAUUCGCACUCUGAAAGGCGGCUUCGUUGAGAAGAGUAGGUAUGCAGGACUAACGCACCUCCCUAGGUUCGGCAAAUCCUAAAAAAAAGGUAAUUAAAUAAUCAAAAAAAAAUAUUUGUGUUCAAAAUUGUAUAAUAGUUUAUUUUGACAUAAUCUUGACGGCUCUCUUUUUAUUCGGGCGUUUUCAAAAUGUUACGUAUUUACCUACUAAAAAUCUAAUUUAUUACUUAACUUAAGCAAUAUUUUUAACAGCUUUGAUCAUAGCCAUAUAAAAAAUAACCCUAUAAGUAUAUUAUAAUAAUUUUUUAACUAGGUACUUUUAAUAGUGUGGAUAGGUAUAUUUUUAAUUUCGAAAUGAUGAAUUCAUAAUACCUGCUUAUACUUAUAAGUACACAUAAAAACAAAAAUGUGAAGUAUGCAUUCUUUGAUAUAUUAUUCGGGAUGGGAGCCUAAUUAAAUAGUAAAUAAUAAUAUACCUACCUAAUGUUCGUAUUUCGAUUUAUUCAAUGUCAUAGUACUAUUAUACAAACAACGUAUUGUUUUUCGUUUAGGUCGUAAAGUCUUACUUUUACGUCAUAAAUUAAAAAUAUAUAAAUAGGUGCGUAAGUAUAAUAUUAGAUAAUUAUGGUCUAUUCGCAUGUUUAAAAAUAAGUAUACAGCACACAAAUGUGACUCGAUAAGCGUAUUUGAAUCUUUAAAAAAUUAUAUUCUAAUAUAGGUACUGCAAUAUAUUGUUUGACUCUAAUUUUCGAAUGAAAUGCUUUGUCAUUAUUAUCACUUCCACAGUGUAGGCAUUGCAACUUGAUUACAUUUAAGUACGUGCUAGUGUUGAAAAAUAUGACAGAAAUAUUAACUUAUGUAUGUAACUUAUUAUGUAGUCUAUAGUUAAAAUACCAACGCACGUGCGUCAAAUAUCAAAUAUAUAUUCGAAUUAUUCAAUUGAAAUAAUAAAAUUGGUCCAUUAAAUAAAGCAAAAUACAUGUUUGAUAUAUUAAUUAUCUAUAAUAAAAACAUAACUGUAUAAAAUUAUUGAUUAUUAUUAAAUUUAUAGGAUGUUCGAAGUUCUUAUGACAAAGAGAAUAAAGCAAUUUUGGGUGACAUAGAAAACUUACGGAAGAAAGGCGAUCGACAGCAAAUUGAUGAGCUGAUCGACAGUGAUCUAAGCCAAUGGACUGAAACAGGAGUAACUGUAAAACAAUUGAUUGAACGUUAUGAAAAAGCAUUAAAAACCUUAAACAAUUAUCAUCAAUUAAAAGAGUCUACAAAUGAUUGGUUGAACGGUAAACUAUUGUCGCUUGAAACCACCGAAGAUGUUUCGGAUAAGACAAAAUCAAUUGAAAAACAAAAAGAAAAUUUGGUCGAAUUACGGAACAUGAUAACGGACGUAGCUGAGACGAUUGGGCUGAAUCCAGACGAUGUUCCGCUGAACGAAAUCGAAGAGUUAAGUUUGAAACUUGAAAAAGUUCAAAAACUUCUCUCUGAACUCGGAGAUGUCGCGACUAAAAAAAAUAAAAUUUCAAGUUAUAUUGAAGAUACAAAACGACUUUUACAUGAUAUCGAAAAGGUAUGUGCACAAUUUUACAACAGAAUAUAAUAAAAUAUAUUUAAUGUUAAUAAAAUGUAUAUAAAAAAAAACUUUCUGGAUAUUUACUGCUUAUUGAUUUGCCCUCUUUACUAAUAAUCCGAUAAAAAGUUUUAAUGGUUCCUAAAAGUAAAAACAGAGGCGUGCAAUUUUCAAUAAAAACCAUUUCGUAAAACUUAUAGCACUUUUUCUAUGUGUAGUGUGUACUUUAUUAUAAAAGUUUAAAAGUAAUUACUAUUAUUUUCAUCUUAAACAAAGACCACAUUCCUACUGCAUAUUAUUAUUCUAUUUGUAUUUUUUAUUUAAAUGAAACUAAGAGUAGGUAUAAUACUUUCUUUUUUUUUUCAGAACUCGUCAAAAUCUAUUAAGAAUAAUGACGAAACCCUAUCCGAGUUAAGAAAUAAAUUAUUAGAUUUGAAUAAAUCAAAAAAAGAAAUGGACGAAUCGUAUGACAUAGACAACUUUGAAAUACCUCUUACUGAAAAUAGAACAUACUCUAUAAUAGAAGUAUUCCAGGUAAAAUUGAUUAGCUUUAAUAUAAUGGUAGACAAUACUUACCUAUAUAUCAAAUUACAUUUUGUUUUAGCUUUGGCAGCAAAUAUUUAAAGAUACUUUCCAACAGUACCGAAAAUUAUCGUGUUCUCUACUUGAAAAUGAGAACAAUAUAGCUGUAUUUGAACUGUGGCAUGAUUAUCUAAUGUAUGUACAAGAAUUUUUAAAAGCUCCUGUUCCCGGUGACUUCCAUUCAUUGACAAGUCACGAAAGACUUUGUCAAGUACAUCAAGAAGUAUUAAUCAGUCAAAUAGAUACUAUACCUAAUCGUAUGAACAAGCCAGAUAUUAUCUCUGACACUGUAACAAUGGAAAGGUUUACUUCUUUAAUGGAUCUGCAUAACGAAACUAUGACUAAACUUGAAAAUAUUCACCAAGAAGUAUGGACUAAACUAGGACAUUGGAAAGAAUAUCGAACAAUUGUCAAGAAUGUUUAUGAAUGGUUGUGGAAGGUUGAAAAAGCUCAUUCAAAUUUAAAUCUAAAAUUCAUCAACACUAGAAGACUACCACAACUCAAAACACAAAUAACUGUAAGUAUAUAACUUAUAGAAUUUUUUAUUCCUAUUAAAAUAUUAUAUAAUAAAUAUAUUAUUAACUUAUAUUAAUAUUAUCGACUGAGUUGUAAUAAUAUAAAUUUUAAAUUAUUUUCCAGAAUCUAUUAAGUUGUUUGGCUGAAGAACGUUCACAAAUUGAAGACUUGGAACAACGACAAAAUACAAUUUUCACAUACUGUGAUAAAUCAACUGAAACGGGCCACAGGAAAGAACUAAUAGCAAUAAGUCAGAGAGUGAAUGAAAUCCAAGCGUCAUUAGAAGUGUGGAAUGGUUACCUAGAAAAUAUUGAAAAACUUACCAGCUCUUUUAAUACUGAAAGCACUGAAAUUGAUAAAGUAUUGCAAGACGUGCAAGUUAAACUCGAUACUUUAAAAAAUGAAUUUAAUUCGAAAAAUGAGGAUAUAGUACCAUCUGAUAAAUUGAGCAUAGAAACAAAUAAAAUACAAGAAUUAAACAGCUGCUUGAAACAAUUGGACACUCAACUCUCAUCUACUACAGAUAUACGAGAUAAAUUAAAAGAUUCUCUAGAUCCAAUAGAAAUUCGUUCAUUUGGCCAAAAACUUCGAUUCUUAAAAUAUCAUCAAAAAGAUUUGCAAUAUCAGUUGUUCUUGUAUUCCUGUCAAAUUGACAAUUUAUUAUAUAAACCUCAAGAAUUCACUCAUAGGUAAUUUUCCCAUAUUAUUAUUUGCAUUAGUUGUAUUAUAAUUAUAUGUUAUUUUUGUUCCCAGGUACACAAGAUUUAGAAACUGGGCCAUAGACACAGAAACUCAAUUGAAAAAUUUAACUAAAUCUUUGAAAGACCCGAAAUUUGCUAUUGAUGUGCUGAAACCUGAAUUUGAAUCUCAGAUUAAUUCAAAACAAAAAGAAUUUAAUUGGUUGAAUAAUGCAGGAGAAAAACUAAUUAAAGCAGAAUCCCAAUUGAAUCCAGAAUUAGUGUUUACUACUGAAUCUAAUAUAAAAGAAACAAAUGAGCACUGGAAUAAUUUAAACAGUUCAUUAUUUAAAUAUACAGUAGAAUUACCUGCAACAAUUUUGGUAAGUUGUUAUUCAUUAACUAGUUUUUUUGACUUAUUCUAAUUAAUUAAUUUUUAGAACACAAAUAAAUUAUUUGAUGAAAUCAAUGCCUUUAAAAUUUGGAUUAGUGACUUUGAAUCAAAAAUAAAUAUCCCUAUCGUUUUUAAUGACCGUUCAGAAAAUAAUUUAAAAGAAGAACUAAAAAGUAUAGAUGUAAGUAAUAGUUUUAUUAUUAUCAUUAUUAUUUAUUAAAAUUCCUAAGAUGUUUGAUAAGUUAAUAAAAAUAUUUAAAUAACAAGCUUUUUUUUAUAAUUAUUAUUUUACUAGUUCAAAAUAUGUGUAUUUUUAAAGGUAUUGAAUAACAAGUUUAAAGAAAAAUUAACAGAAUUUAACGAAUUAAUGGUUAAAUGCAAUGAACAUUUUACAACUGAUCAUAGCUCAAAUGAUUCUGAUAGUGUUCAAGAUUUACAGAAUCCAUUGAAGACAUUACCCAUCAGGUAAAUAAUUAUUUUUACAUUUUAAAUUUAUUUGUAUAAUAAAGCAUUAUCUAAUUUCGGAUUUAUUUAUAGCUGGAAAAAUGUAGAAAACAAAUUGAAUGACAAACGCGUACGAGUAUUGAGUGCAUGGGAAGAAUUACAAACAAUACUUAGUUUAAUUGAUAUAGAAGUUAAAUGGUUAGAUCGUUUAAAUAUUGCUAUUGAAGAUUAUAAGAAACAAAGUUUAAUAGAACACAAAAGUCUAUCUGGUUUAAUCAGCCAUUUUGAAGUAAGAAAAUGAUAUUAUAAAAUAUAAAAUAUAUUAUAUAUUACAUUUUUAAUUUAUUUAAAUAUUAUUUAUUAUAUACUCAAAUUAUAUUAAAAAAUUAGCAGGAACAACAAAAUGCAAAGGACAAGUUUUCCAAGUUAGAACUUGCCGUUUCUAUAUCACGUUCUACGUAUACUGCCAAAUUUAUUGAUGAUGAAAUUGAAGCGAUUAGAAAAAAUAGAGAAUCAUUAUUUGAAAAAAUCAACUUGAUACUUGUUGUACUUAAAAAGUCAUUAACGUUAUGGAAAGAUUUCAUUAAUGCACAUGGAAGGGCUGUGGUGACACUCACACAAGUUGACACAAAACUAAUUGAACUCGAAUUGUUGGAUAAAACUGACAAUACUGACGAAGGAAGUGCACGUGUAAUGGAAAAAGACCUUGGAAAUUUGCAGGUAUAAUUUGAAUAACAAUUUCAUUACAAACAAUUAUACUAAAAGUGUAUAUUGCAUACAUAGAUUCGUUUAAACAUUAUAAUUUUUUUAACUAAAAUACUUUUUAUUCUUCAGAUAUUAGAAAUGGAGAUGAAAAAAUACGGAGGACUUCUUGAGAAAGCAGAUGCUCUAGGUCUUCAGUUAAUGACUGAAAGUACUCCAGAUGAUAUAAAAAAUAUUCAGAAAAUGAUUGAUGAGUAUCAAAUGUUAUGGAAAGAUAUCAACAGUCGUAUUGAAAAAUUGAAAGUGACAUGUGUUCAAGAAGCCUCUUGUAGGAAGAAGGUAAAAAAUAAAAAAAUCAUUUGUAUUAAUAUUAAUUGUAUUAUUUUUCUAUUUAUUUAUUUGUUUAUUUAUUGGAUUUACAGCGAUCGGUGAAUGAAGAAGUUCAAGUAGAAACAUUGAAGUUUGGUAAGGAUUCACAAGUACAAGUCAACACGCUCCCCACUGAAUUACUCAGAAAAGACUCGUUUCAAUAUGAAUUACAAACAGCAAUAUCAAAUGCUACCACACACUUAAACGAAUUAGAAUUAGCAAUUCAAAAGUCUGACAAAAAUCUGUCCAAAAACAUCGCGACAUGCCAAAUGUCCAUAGACCUGAUCAAACAUCUCAGUGUUAUAUUGAAAACACAGUGCGGUGUAUCCGAAUCCGAUAUAACCAUAAUAAGAUCCGAAGAAUUAUUAACCAAAUAUGAGGAACUACUUGUGAAAUUCCGAUCACAACAGCAAAUUGGUCAAUCCAAGUAAGCAUCUAACGAAACAAUACACCAGUACAUACUUUAGUAACUAAAUGUAUUAAAAGUUAAACUACUGUGUUCUCAUUUUUAGAAGUAGCAGUUCGGCAUUGUGUCCUUUAUGUUCCGAACAGAACUGGUCUCAGUUUGAAAACGAUAUGUGGCGCUUGGAACAUUGGAUACAAUCUACUGAAGCGAAACUUAGUGUUCAACCGAAAGUACCGCCAUCGAAGAUAGAACAACUCGAAGAUGUUAUUCAAGAACACAGAGUACGUAUAAUAUACAAUUGUAGAUUACUUAACUUAAUUUACAUAAAGAUUUCUAUGUUUUCUCCUCAGUUUUAGCGUUUACGAUUAUAUUUUUAAUCGUUACAUAUUACAAGUUUUCGAAUUUUUUAAAUAUACUUCACAGUGUAUCUGCACUUUACGAAAAACUUUUAUUUAUUUUUUACCUGAUUUACACCUAUAUUAAUUUAUUGAAAACUUAACACGAUAUUAUUAUCAUGUGUAUCAUGUAUAGGAACUUCUGCUGUACUUGGACAGUCACCGCAAUAUCGUGAAAUCGUUGAACGUGAUCGGUCAUCAUUUGGCCGAACACAGCAAUGAUGUGGAAAGAGCGAAUCAAAUCAAAAACCGUUUAACCGCCACAAAUUCCAGAUGGGAUCAAGUUUGUUUUUCAUGUACCGAAUGGCAGACGAAAUUGCAGAGUGCCCUCAUGGAGGUAUUUAAUAUAUUUAAAAUUUAAUAUAAUAUUCUAUUGCCCUUUCUAUUUAUUACGAUAAAAACUAUAAAAGUAAAUACCUAAUUAUAAUUUUCGAAAUAAAACUUAUUUUUACAGGGAUACCUAUUUAAAAAUAUGGUUAAAUAAAAAUAAAAAUUUAUAAUUUAUACCUACUGUAAAACAAUAUAAUAAGUGGUCCGUUCCGAAAUGAUGAAUUCUAUCGACUUUCAUUACUCAAGUGUGAUUUUAUUUAUUUCAGAACGACGAAUUUUAUGAUGUUAUUGAUGAACUUGUUGCUUGGUUAGAUGAAACGGAACGUACGAUCAAGACAACCGAACCGGUAGAUCUAGGAGACGACACGGCUAUUAUCGUUGAAAAAUUCAAUAAGUUUAAGGUAACUUUGAUAUUAAAACAUUCAAAUGCAAAAUAAUAUAAAGUUUUAUUAUAGACCUAAUAUUAUUAUAAACAUUUGUAUUUAGAUUUUUUUUUUUUUGAAGUUAGUGUAAAAAAAAAUAUUCGUAGGAUACACUUAUAAAAUUAGUCUGAACUGUGACGCGAUAACUUUGUUUUAUAAAUCGAGAGAUUACACUUUUGCGUUGACAUGAAUUUUCACGACUUUUUAACUCGUUUAACUAAGGUUUUUAUUUUCUUCGCAGAACCUCCACUCUGAACUGGAAAGAUGUGAACCACGAGUGGUGUCGCUGCUCGAAGCUGCCGACUGGCUCCGUCAGGCCAACGAAAAGACCGGCGCGGUACGCUCGGCCGCGUCGUCCGACCAGACGGUCGUCGACUCUCACGCGAGACUGUCGCACCUCAGGGCUCGGUUAACGGCGCUCAUAAGCAUGACGGCCAGCUACACGACGAGACUGGGCUCGGUUUUGGGCUACGACACGACGGACGAUGGCCUGGUCAUGCUCCAUCAGGUAAAAAAACAAAAAAAAACCACCGAACGAUCAUCGUCCGAAUAAUAUAACGUAUAUAGGUGGUAUUGUCGGCGUGGAGAUCGAAAAACGAAUAACAAUUAUUAUGUACGCGUAAAUCCGUAUAAUAUAAUGAUAUCGUUUUUUAAUUCGACAUUUUUCUUAAAUAAUAAUUUUUUUUUAAAUAAUUUUUAUUGUUUGACUAUAUUAUAACGUCGUUAUUUUCACGCGGCUCGGCGGGGUCUUGCGUUCUCACAUCCGCUUGUCACGUGCAGCUUUUUAAUAUUAUAACGGGUUGCAUAAACGUCCAAUAAUUAUAUUUGUACUUACAACUAUAUUAGUGCAAUAAACAGCCCCCCCACCGAUAAAAGACAUUGGGUGUUGCUGUUAAACUCCUGACAGUGUACAACGACCUUUCUAUCUUCUAUCAGACCUGUAUAAUAUAUUGUGUAUCCAUUAUGAUCGAGGAUAUCGAUGUUAUUGUCGACGUGUCUGAUAGUGUUUAAUUAUUUUAUAUAGAUAUUUACACAGUUACAUGUUUAUGUAUAGAACUCGGGGCAUUCUUUUUUUAUUGAAUAUCCACUAUGUAUCCACCCUUCCUCCAUUAAUAAAAACUCCACGAAUAGGUACGCUUUAACUCGCAUUUUUUAUUUUGGAUUUCCUUCUGUUACCUACGACCAUCCCCUGAGACUGUUUUUUCCUAUUUAUAAAAUAUAAAGUUUUGUGACCCAGUCGAUAAUUUACCAUUUGUUUUCUGGAAACAGCAAAAUCUUACUAAGUAUCUACUAAGCAUUAUAGGCACCAUAUCUAUUCAAGGGGCGGGCUGAAAGUCGUAAGAUGCAGAAAACCACUAUAAAUAUUUUACAGAACCGAUAGUUAAACGAUAAUUUAUUAUUAUCGAUUAUUAUUUACGGACGGGUUUAUAUGCAACCCGCCCAUAGUAUAACACAAUACUAUAGUCUAUAUAUCGACAAUAAUGUACAACAUGUCUAUAUAUUUUUAUUAUAAUGUGUACAUAUUAUUAUAAAGAAUAUUAUUGUUUUCGUAUGGAUCGUUUCAUUAUUAUAUUUUUCUACAUUAUUACAUUAUUUGUAUUAUUAUUAUUUGUUUUUAACUCGCACGCCGUCGUUUUUAUUUAUUAUUCUUUAUCGUUAUUAGUUUGCACAGUUUUUUUUUUUUUUUUUUUAUAUAAUUUUCUUGUUCCCGUUUUAAAUAGGUGGACGAUACGAGCACUGCUAUGAUUCGAUCCGACGAAGAAGAACCAAACACAAAGUAAAUAUUUAUGCACUUUUAUUUAGUUACGUAUUUUAAUUUUAUUAUAUAUUAUUGUUUUUUAACGACACUAUACUUACUUUAUUUUGGCUCAUCAAAAACGCUUUUACUAUAAUAGGUAUAUAUAAUAUAAUAUUAUAUAUAUACAUAUAAAAAACCUAAUUAAACAAACAUAUCAUAAUUAUUACUGUAUACAAACAGUUUAUAACGACGUCGCGGUCAAUAUUGUACGAAAAACAAAUACAACAGUUGAUCUUAACAAAUAAACAAUUAUUCGACAAACUUCAACUAAGUGGAAAAAUUAAUAAAAACAUGUACAAUAUAUUUAUAAGACAGCAGAUUUCAUAAACCUUACCGUGUCGUUAAUUAUUGUUAUGUAAUGUAUACGUGAGUAAGGUAUAAAAAAUAUUAUAAUCGUGAACAAAGAAGCGCGAUAGGAAAGUUUACAUAAAUGGCGACGAGUUUUAAAGACCUGAAAUAGGCUGAUUAAAAAAAAGAAACUAUACGGAAAUGACGUACUCCUUUCGUUGUCUUAAUAAACAAUUUGUAUACUGUACUAAUAUAAUAAAUGAUAAUUCGAUUAAAAUUUUUAAGUUGAUCAUAUUACAUCCGACUAAGUUUAUCCGAAAUGUUAUCAUUCGCUCGAAUAUAAUAAUAUACGGUAUUUAUUUAAACAGUAUAGAUAGACAUAUUAAUAUUAUUGUUACUUUCCAUUUAGUUUUCGGCUAGAUAUAAUUUAUUUUUUUGUCCCUAUACAAUUUAACUCGAAAAACAUCAUGCUCAGGCAGUAGCUAUACGGAUAUAUUUACCUAUCCUUAAUAGUAACACUGCGUUUCCGAUGAAAGACGUGCAAUUUCUGUAUUUAGAAUUUGGACGCAUUCCAAGUGCUUUUUUAAAAAAACANUUGCAUGCAAUCAUAUUGUAAGAAAUACUGCAUAAACCAUAUAAUAAAAUUAUACACGUAUAAUAUGUGGUUUUAUUUAAUCGCACUAAUCCGAGGAAAAACAAAAUAUGAAUAGGUAACGUUGUAAACCGUACAACGAUAUCACAUCUUUGACGGUAUAGUAGUAAAAUCCAUCGUGCGGUUCGGAACUGAAUAAAUAUAACGAUAAGUUUAUCGUGGCGAUUAAAAUGGUUUUGGUAACAGGUUAUUGAUUGAAAUAUGUUCCGGAUGUUGGUCGUCGGCUAAGUUUAUCCGUAUUUUGAUAACAAUAGAACAUAGUAUUAUCUACUCCUUUUCGAUUGUAAUUUAAUAAAAGGCCGGAGAAACGUUUAGCGCGUAACUGGCGAUAUUUUAUACAGCGAUAAUUAUUAUAUUUAUUAAAUAUGCGAUACACAAAAAAAAAAAUUAACCAACAAUUACGAAAAAAAAUCGAUAACACCACGCGUAUUGCGUAUUGGUAUACAAUCAAUGUACGGUUUCGGACAGUAUGUAAAUUUUGAAAAAAAAAAAAUCGCAGUAGGAAACUGUUGUCAUUAAAUCUACAAAGAAAAUCAAAAAAAUGAAUGUAAUUUCCUAACUAGAUCGAAAAUUUGCCAUAAAACAGUUUUUGAUUGGAUCAAGCUUUCUGAUAGAAAAACGACUUGUGAAUUUUUAUCGGGUUACUGACGAUAUUACGAAACAUGUUUUGUUUUAAUAUUAUAACCAUAACUUAAGACCCCCACGAGAAUUUCAGUUUAGCUACGGUCUUGAUAAUACGUAAGCAUAUUAUGUAGUAUAAUAACUCGUAGCCUGAACUCCACAAAAUCAACGCGCAGAAACAUUUGAUUUCCGUUAGCAUUUUCUAAAAUUUCAUUCCCAAAAGUAUCUUGUCAUUUUUCACUGUAUAAUAUUAUGUUUUAAGUUAUUUAAGUAUUAUGUUAACUUCUCACCUACAACAGUGGCCGUUACCAUCCCCAGUAUUAGCUCUUUUUUUUUUAGUUUGGCAAUAACUUUUUUUCGGUUGGAAUAAGGAAUUUUUUCGUUGAAUUCUUUGAUUUUGUUUGUACGUCCUUAAUAUGACUACGCAUUGCUGAUUAUCUUUUAUUAUCAUUUAAACUCUAUAAUUUAUUGAGAAGACAUUAUAAAAAGUAUCGUUUAUAACCCAAACUUCAAAUUGUUCGUUAAAUAAUGUCACAGCUGUUUUUGCUCACGCACAUUGUACGAAACAUGUAAUUCUCCAUCCAAUAGUAAAGCCGUGUCGCUUAGACCCAAAGUGUCGCUUAGACCCUUUUGCCGUGUCACCAUCGACAUUAAUAAUGGAAUUUAUGGAGAAAUUAUUUGAAAAAUAUCUACGGUAUGCGUAAUGUUUUACAAAAUAACGCCGAUUAUUGUUGCUGCGGAUCCGCGGACGGCUUGUAUGUGUGCGUAAUUGUAACGGUUAUUCGAAAAAUACGCCGCCGCCCUGCAAGUCGGUUUGUCAUGCGCAAUAUUGUACGUAAUUUUUAUUUAAUUAUUAAUUUUUAAUUUUUGUUAUAUUUGUUGUCCGCCAAACAGUGCUGCGGGUGGCGAUGAGACGGUACUCCGGCGCGGCUAUCGGUUCUUCGGCCGAGUGAUGAGGGCCUCUCUGCCGUUCCAAGUGCUCAUGCUGCUGGUCCUGGGCGCCGCCUCGUUAGUGCCGAUCGUCGACGAAGAGUUCAACUGCAUGGAGUCCAACAACAUUGCCUGGAGCCUUUACCCGUUGCUCCGGUAUCCCGGGGGACCGCCGCCCGUAUAA